GCGUCGGAGCUGUGGCUGACGGCCAUGUCCGUGGGGACCGCGGUGCCCGAGAUCCUGCAGGAGCUGCUGCGGGUGCUGGGCUCGGCGCCGCUGAAGGAGGCGGGCGAGAGCGGGGGGCUUCCCCUGACCGCGGCCACGGUGCUGCGCCGGAUCCUGCGGUGCCGGAGGUACGGCAGGCAGCUGCACGCGUUGUUCCCGGGGCUCUUCCUGGAGCUCGUCUUCCAGAUGCUGGGCAACGCUGAGGAUGAGGACGUGGACGAGGUCUCCCCUCCCAUCGGGAUGGUGCUGGACUUGGCUCUCGAUUUGCUGCUGUUUGCGGAUCUGCACGAGCUGGUGGAAGAGAUGGACGCCUGCGGGAUCUGGAAGCAGCUGCUGUGCCGUGACACGUGGCGGUCCAGCAUAUACUCCCUCGCCAGGGUGAUGGUGCAGAAAUGCCGGCACCGGCGCGCCCGCAUCUUCGCCCACCUGCAGAAGCUGCUGCUGCACCACGAGCUGCAGUGGAGGGAGGUCUCGGCCAUCACGCUCUACGUGGAGCUGCGGCGAUACGAGGAGCUGCGAGUGGAGGACACGUGCGCCGAGCAGAUCUUCCGGAAAUACAUCCGCAGCGAGCAGCUCAAGAGCUGGGAGCAGGCGGUGUACGGGCUACGGAGCCUGUACUCCGGCAGGCAGCAGCUGCUGCUGCCCGACGCGCUGCAGUGGCUGCAGGACGCGCGGCCCAACAUGAAGGUGGAGGCCAUGCGGGUGCUGCGCUACCUCGUGUUGGAGUACCCCGACAGCACGCGGAGCGUGUGCGGCCAGCUGGCCACACAGCUGCUGAGCUGCUUCAACGAGGAUGACAUGAAUGUGCGCUGGAGCUCCAUGAGGCUCUUUAAGCUGCUGCUGCUGCAGCUGGGCAAUAGACAGCUGCUGCCGCAGGCAGAGAGGAGUCUGCUGCUGCUCUGCAUCCACCUGAACGAGGACCUCCCCAAAAUGGCCCAGACCGCUCGGGAUACCCUGAGCCAAGCCGCCAAGCUCCUGGGCUGGAAGGAGCUGCAACGCCUGGCCAAGAAGGCGGACAGCAUCAAGAUUGCCAACUGCGUGCUUCAGAAGGCAGACAGCGCCCUGGAGCCGUACCUGGAGCAGUGCGUGCAGCACCUGCACAGCCCCCAGGUGCAGAUGCGGGAGGCGGCCGUGCGCUUCCUGGGGCUCCUGGCUCAGCGGCUCCACAGUGAGAACCCGGAGCGGAUGCCGGACAUCCGCAGAGCCCUGCAGAGUGCCCAGGAGGACAGCGAGCCGGCCGUGCGCUGCCUGGUGCAGCAAACGCUGCUCAUCCUCAGAAAACUGAAAGGCACGGCGCCCACCAGGCCCGGGGCGCUGCACUGCUGGCUGCAGAGGAUGUGUGGGAACUAGAGCCGUGCAGACAGGGCACGCUCCGUGUUUGUUGGAGGGUUCCACGUAGAGCCAAAAUAAAGGGGAUGUUGUGUUGGA